CCAGCCCGCCUGGGAGCAGAGAGCUGGGAACUGGAUUAUGGUGGCCUGAGCAGCCAACGCAGCAGCAGGAGCCCAAAGCCCCUGGCCCUUCCCAUGUCGCCGAUCCAUCAAGGGUACCAGGAAAGCAGCUGCUGCCUGUGAUCUGCCAUGCCCGCCCCUCCCAACCCCCCGAGGGGCCCAAGCCCGCUGCUGAGGCUGGCCACCGGCAGCCAGAUGUAGCCAGCUUCUGGAUCCCAGUCUCUCCCCUUCUCUCGUGCUCUGCGGAUUUCUCCAGCCUGCUUUCCACGGCCUGGACCCGGGGACUGGCUGAGGGGCCUGCAGGCUCCGGAAUCCUGAUGCCUCCAAGCUCCCUCUCCUGAGAAGCCACCACCACCAGCACCCAGACUUGGGGGCAGUCGACAGAGACAGACGUGGGCCAGCGUGAGCCCAGAGGGCCUGAAGGCCAGGGCCCACCAUGGCCCAUGCCCUGCCCUGGCUCCUGCUGUGGGUGGGCUCAGCAGUGCUGCCUGCCCUCAGCACUCAGGCCGGCAUCCGGCUGCCCCUGCGCAGCGGCCUGGGGGGGGGGCCGCUGGGGCUGCGGCUGCCCCGGGAGACCGAGGAGGAGCCUGAGGAGUCCGGCCCAAGGGGCAGCUUUGUGGAUAUGGUGGAUAACCUGAGGGGCAAGUCAGGUCAGGGCUACUACGUGGAGAUGACCGUGGGCAGCCCUCCGCAGACGCUUAACAUCCUCGUGGAUACAGGCAGCAGUAACUUUGCAGUGGGGGCUGCCCCCCAUCCUUUCCUACAUCGCUACUACCAGAGGCAGCUGUCGAGCACAUAUCGGGACCUCCGGAAGGGCGUGUAUGUGCCCUACACCCAGGGCAAGUGGGAAGGGGAGCUGGGCACCGACCUGGUGAGCAUCCCCCAUGGCCCCAACGUCACUGUGCGUGCCAACAUUGCUGCCAUCACUGAAUCAGACAAGUUCUUCAUCAACGGCUCCAACUGGGAGGGCAUCCUGGGGCUGGCCUAUGCUGAGAUUGCCAGGCCCGACGACUCCCUGGAGCCCUUCUUUGACUCUCUGGUAAAGCAGACACACGUUCCCAACCUCUUCUCCCUGCAGCUCUGUGGCGCUGGCUUCCCCCUCAACCAGUCCGAAGUGUUAGCCUCAGUUGGAGGGAGUAUGAUCAUUGGGGGUAUUGACCACUCUUUAUACACGGGAAGUCUCUGGUACACACCCAUCCGGCGGGAGUGGUAUUAUGAGGUGAUCAUUGUGCGGGUGGAGAUCAAUGGACAAGAUCUGAAAAUGGACUGCAAGGAGUACAACUACGACAAGAGCAUCGUGGACAGUGGCACCACCAACCUUCGUUUGCCCAAGAAAGUGUUUGAAGCUGCAGUCAAAUCCAUCAAGGCAGCCUCCUCGACGGAGAAGUUCCCAGACGGUUUCUGGCUAGGAGAACAGCUGGUGUGCUGGCAAGCAGGCACCACCCCCUGGAACAUUUUCCCAGUCAUCUCACUCUACCUAAUGGGUGAGGUCACCAAUCAGUCCUUCCGCAUCACCAUCCUUCCACAGCAAUACUUGCGGCCAGUGGAAGACGUGGCCACAUCCCAAGACGAUUGUUACAAGUUUGCCAUCUCACAGUCCUCCACAGGCACUGUUAUGGGAGCUGUUAUCAUGGAGGGCUUCUACGUUGUCUUUGAUCGGGCCCGAAAACGAAUCGGCUUUGCUGUCAGCACUUGCCAUGUGCACGAUGAGUUCAGGACAGCAGCGGUGGAAGGCCCUUUUGUCACACCGGACACGGAAGACUGUGGCUACAACAUUCCACAGACAGACGAAUCAACGCUCAUGACCAUAGCCUACGUCAUGGCUGCCAUCUGCGCCCUCUUCAUGCUGCCACUCUGCCUCAUGGUGUGUCAGUGGCGCUGCCUCCGCUGCCUGCGCCAUCAGCAUGAUGACUUUGCUGAUGACAUCUCCCUGCUGAAGUGAGGAGGCCCAUGGCAGAAAACAGAGAUUCCCCUGGACCACAUCUGGGUGGUUCACUUUGGUCACAAGGAGGAGACACAGAUGGCACCUGUGGCCAGAGCACCUCAGGACCCUCACCCACCCACCAAAUGCCUCUGCCUUGACAGAAAAGAAGGAAAAGAAGGCAAGGUGGGUUACAGGCACUGCACCUGUAGGAAACAGGAGGGAACAAAAAAGCACUCUCAUGGCGGGAAUACUCUUGGUCGCCUCAAACUUGAGUUGGAAAUUUCUGCUGCUUGAAACUUUAGCCCUGAACCUUCACCCAUCAUCCCUUCAGAUUCUCCAACCCACAGUACUCUUCUUUUCUUAGUUCCAGAAGUACUGGUAUCACGCCCAGGUUACCCCAGUGUGUGCGUCCCUGUGGUACCCUAGCAGAGAAAGGGCCAAUCUCGUUUCCCUGCUGGCCGAAGUCAGUAGGAGAAGGUGCACAGUUUGCUAUUUGCUUUAGAGAUAGGGACUGUAUGAACAAGCCUAACACUGGUGCAAAGGUUGCCUCUUGAAUUAAACAAAAAAUAAUUACAUUGAAUGUUUGUACAAAUGGGGGUGGUUGGAAAGAGAACGAGAAGGAGUACAGAGAGAGAAAACAGUUGGGAUCAAAGCUAGGAAAGGCAGAAACAUAACCACUUGCCAGUCCCAGUUUUAGACCUCAUCUCUAAGACAGAAUUCCAUCUCAUAAGAUGGGUGUUGUUUCCCAAUGUUUGCAUUUCUGCAGUUGAAGCCUGACCAAAAGUGAGAUAGGAAGAAGGGCUUAUCUAGCCAAAGAGCUCUUUUUAGCUCUCUUAAAUGAAAAGUGCCCACUAAGAAGUUCCAUUUAACAAAGAAUUUCUAUCUUUUUUUUUUUUUUUUUUUUUUUUUUUUUUAAAGAUGACCGGUAAGGGGAUCUUAACCCUUGACUUGGUGUUGUGAGCACCACGCUCAGCCAGUGAGCGAACCGGCCAUCCGUAUAUGGGAUCCGAACCCGGGGCCUUGGUGUUCUCAGCACCACACUCUCCCGAGUGAGCCACGGGCCGGCCCAGAAUUUCUAUCUUAUUAAUUCCACUUGUCUCUACCCAAACACUUUAUUCUAUAAGUGAUAGGGAGUGCUGAAAUAUCCCAAUCCUCUAAGCCCCAGGUGCCCUAUGGGAGAGCAAUUGGAUAGCAGGGCUGGGCUCUGCCUUCCUAGUUCACUGGUUCACUCCUUCCCCCAAAUCCCUAUUCUUCUAAAGCUUUGCAGCUGAGGUGCUAGAAGGAAUAGACAGGAGACCUCUCCUACCCAAUUCUUGAAAACCCGAAGAAUCCUAAAGAUUCAUUCAUGUAUAGGGUUGAUGCUCCCUAUACCUCUGCCUGGAUUUCUUCCUGUUCAGCUGCAAGGAGUGGUGAAGAUCUUUACAUAAUAGAUACAGAGCAGUUUCAAUGCCUUCUCACCCUCUCUAAUGGCCCCUCCAUUUAUUUGGCUAAGGCAUCACACAGUGGCAUUAGUAUUAUACUAAGAGGGUCGGAAACACAGGACUUUCUGGUUCUAACAUCAUUGCAUUUGGUAUCAAGGUUGCCUGGAGAAAGGAUGGCAGCCUCAGGGCUUCCUUAUUUCUGUCACCACAAUAGCCACUUGAUGGAGGCCAUCUUUUUUCCCUAUCCUGCUCUCUAAUCUCCACUCCUAAUAGUACAUGGAUACCCAGGCUGGUUCUUGGGCUAGGUAGUGGGGACUAUUACCUCCCUAUCAGUUCUAACACAGUAGACUAUGGUACCAGUGUUGGUGGGAAGAGCUGAACUUUCAUGAUAUACCCACUGGCCACAUCCUAUUUCUAUCUGGUCAACACAAUGCUUCCAGGUAUGGGACAUGCCGAGUGUGGAAUCACCUGAUAAGGGAGAGGGAUAUACAAAGAAGUCCUCUGGAGUUCUUGGCCUCUGCCAGCUGCCCACAAGCCAUAAACCAAUAAAACAAAAAUACUGAGUCAGUUUUUUUUAUCUGGGUUUUCUUCAUUCUCAUUGCACUUGGUGCUGCUUUGGCUGACUGGGAACAUCCUAUAAUUACAAAGACUGACAGGAAGACUGGAGAUUGUCCUCUUCCAGCUCAGAACUUACUGUGUAAAUAAACUUCCAGAAUUGCUACUGUGAAAUGAAAAUGCCACAUUCUGCUUUAUAAUUUCUAUCCACAAUGGGGAAAACUGGC